AUUUAAUGCCUCUCGCUCUCUCUUUCUCCCUCUAUAAAUAUUAAAGAAGAGCAGUCGAGCGCAUCAGCCACAAAUUCUCUCCCUCUUCUUCUUCGCCUAUCUGUGAUCGCUGCGAGAGGCGUACAUCUCGUCCUCAGCGCGCUCUAGAAGCCAGUGAACCUUUGUUCAGUCUUUCCCUUCGGUAGUUCCAGUGUUCAUGUCUGAUCUCGACGUUCAGAUCCCAACUACUUUUGAUCCAUUUGCUGAUGCGAAUGCUGAUGACUCUGGUGCUGGUGCAAAGGAGUAUGUGCACAUCCGCAUACAGCAGCGGAACGGCAGGAAGAGUCUAACUACAGUGCAGGGAUUAAAAAAAGAGUUCAGCUAUAACAAGAUCUUGAAAGAUCUGAAAAGGGAAUUCUGCUGUAAUGGUACUGUGGUUCAGGACCCAGAGUUGGGGCAGGUCAUUCAACUUCAAGGUGAUCAGCGGAAGAAUGUCUCCAAUUUCUUGGUUCAGGCUGGAAUCGUGAAGAAGGAACGUAUCAAAAUUCAUGGUUUUUGAGAAGUUGUUCGUGAGGCUCUCACAGACUUCCAUUGAAGAUAUAUGUCCAUCAUCCAACUAGCUUCUUGUUGCUUGUUUCUGGUCUGUCCCGUGACUGUAGGGGAACCCAUUCUCGGACCACAUAUCUCUUCGAACCUACUUAUGUUACGAACGUGUGAUGUUUGGAUGUUUGUGUUGUGAACUUACUUUAAUGAUUUCUCGUUGGUGUCUGAAUGAUUUUGUUGGAAUUAUGUUAAUGGUCUUAGAACCUUCAUCU